AUGUUGACACGCAACUGGCCUAUUUACUGCACACUCGCCCAGCUGAGACAGAACCAGCUUCUUAUCGACAUGGAAACCACAACCGAAAAGGCGAUGGUAGGAACGGAAGUACCGCGUGUCGAAGAGCUUCCAGAAGAGCUUCAGUACAUCAAAUAUGAGCAUAAGCUGGAGGCAGAAUACCUCCCAGCUAUCCGCGCGCUGAUAUCAAAAGACCUAAGCGAGCCUUACAGCAUAUAUGUAUAUCGGUACUUUCUUUACCAAUGGGGCCACUUGUGUUUUAUGGCCUUGCACCCAGUCGACUCUUCUCUUAUAGGCGUGAUCAUCUGCAAACUCGAACCGCACGCUUCUCACUCCCCGCCCACUCUUCGCGGAUACAUUGCUAUGCUUGCCGUCUCUUCUCAACAUCGCGGACACGGAAUUGCGACAGAACUGGUUAGGAGAGCCAUCGACGCCAUGGCUCAGCGAGACGCCGACGAGAUUGUCUUGGAGACAGAAGAGACCAACAUCCCGGCCAUGAGACUUUACGAGCGCCUGGGCUUCGUCCGCUCCAAAAAGCUUCACCGUUAUUAUCUGAACGGAAACAGCGCAUAUAGAUUGGUCCUCCUCCUCAGAUCUGUCGAUGCGGAUGCGACAAACGACUACGCCCUUGACGACCGAGACAUUGCGCUUCGAUGA